AUGUCCUUCUCCACCUUUACCAUUCCUCGCAAUCUGGACCACAAUGGCUCGGCCACGCUACCCGUCUCCUGUCCGGCAGACCUGUCUCCUGAAGAUCUGCUGCGAUUCCCAGCUUUCCGUAUCUGGCUCACCACCUUGCAACACUCCUUGAGUCGCCAGCAACAACCCUCCCACGAGUUCUCAAAAUACCCCUACGUCCUGCGGAAAAUAGAUAUCCAGAGUGUGGACCGCUUCGGUGGUGGCCGUCUAGGCUUCUUGAAGUUCAAAGCGGAGGUGUCAAAUGAGAAUGGAGAGACCCUCCCGGGAAGCGUGUUUUUGCGCGGUGGCAGCGUAGGCAUGCUGCUCAUACUUCAACCAGACGAUGUGCCUGCAUCGGCAGAAGACGAGAAGCGUGCCAUCUUAACCAUCCAACCUCGUAUCCCCGCGGGUUCUCUUGCGUUUCCCGAAAUCCCAGCCGGCAUGCUUGAUGACAGUGGAUCGUUCGCUGGGGGUGCAGCAAAGGAGAUUCAAGAGGAGACAGGCUUGACAAUACCACAGGAGGAGCUAAUUGACAUGACAUCGCUGGCUCUGCAGUCCGUGCCAGAAGAGGGCGAGACGUUGCAAAAGGCAGUGUACCCUUCGGCCGGUGGAAGCGACGAGUUUAUUCCCUUGUUCUUGUGUCAGAAGCGCAUGUCGCGCAAGGAAGUUGACAGCCUGCGAGGACGAUUAACUGGGUUACGACAGCAUGGUGAGAAGAUCACGUUGAAGGUAGUACCGUUGCGCGAUCUAUGGAAAGAGGGUCUGCGGGAUGGGAAGACCCUUGCCGCGUGGGCUCUAUACAAAGGCCUCAAGGAGGAGGGGCUGCUGUAG